ACGACUCCCUCCUCGCUGACGCCUCCCAUGUCGUCCUCCAUCUACGCCCAUAGGAGCCUGCAGCCGACAGGGCCGCCGGCCCAGGGCCCUUCUACCCAGGCAGCCGGCACUCGACUCACAGAAUGCUUCGAGACCAUUAGGCAAGAGUUUGAUGUGCUCACGCAAGACCUCAAUCUGCUCCGUUCCCAGCGAGACGAUUUUGAAAACAAAGUCUCGUCUCAAGUGAACGAGCUCAACAUCAUCCGCCAAUCCCUCUACGACCUCGAAGCCCAACAUGGCAAAAUUCGACAACAAUACGAAGAAGAAAUCAACCGCCUCCGACAAGAACUGAUGUCCCGCCCUCCCGCCACCGGCCCCGCCGUGCCCCUCAACCCAAACGCAGCGGGCAUCAGCGGUCUCGCAGGCGGCGCCGGCAUCUCUGGCAUCGGGGGACCCGGUGGCCCCAGUGCGAACGGGGGAGGGAUGGGGCCUGGGGGUGUGCUUGGGACGCCGGGGAUGGGACCUGCGGGUGGAGGGCCGAUGGGGCCUGGGUUGGCGGGGACGCCGGGGGUGGCGAGCGCGGGUGGGUAUCCGGGACCGGGGGGGCCUGGGGAGGGAGGUUUUUUUGGGAGAGAGAGGGAGGGGAUGGAUACGCGGGCGAGAGAACGAGACAGAGAGGGGAGAGAUCGGGACAGAGAUAGGGAUAGGGAUGUGAGGAUGAUGGAUAGGGAUAGGGAUAGGGACGUGAGGAUGAGUGACCGGGACAGGGACAGGAUGGGGGAUCGGGACAGGAUGGAUAGGGAUCGGGAGGCGAGGAUGAGUGAUCGGGAGAGCAGGAUGAGCGAGAGAGAGAGGAUGGAGAGGGACAGGAUGAUGGACAGGGAGCAGCGAGACAGAGAUCGUGACCGUGACCCGAGGGAUUCGAAAAGGAUCAAAGUGGACAGAAUCAAAGUCGAUAGGCCUGAGCAUUAUAGUCCCUCCCUCAGCCAAGGCGGACCCUCCCAACCCCCUCAACACCCAUCCCAAAUGUCAAACCCCGGCGGUCCAGUCAACCCUCCCCCAAACUCCUCCCUCGUCAAACUCCCACCCACACCCGGCGGCCCCGGUCUCCCCCCGCCCAACGCAGUCCCGUACGGUCCCCCUCCUCCCCCCGGCAUGAUCACCAACUCCGGUCCGCCGCCCCCGUCCUCCGUGGCGCCACCUCCACCACCGCCGCCACAGCAGCCACAGCCGACAGCGAGCAUCAGUGGGCCACCGUCGGCUAGUCAGGGAGAUGGUCCAGGUCCGUCGAGCGCUGUUGGAGCGGGUGGGGCGUUGGUGCCGAUUAGUGGGAGUACGAAUGGGUUCCCGGAUGAUUUGGAUCCGCAGAAUGUGCCGCCGGAGUUGAAGAAGGAGGGGAGCGAUUGGUUCGCGGUGUUUAAUCCGAAGGUGAAGAGGGUGUUGGAUGUGAAUUUGGUGCAUACGCUUAUGCAUGAAAGUGUCGUGUGUUGUGUGAGGUUCUCGGCGGACGGGAAGUAUCUCGCUACAGGAUGCAAUCGCUCAGCUCAGAUUUAUGACACGAAGACGGGAGCAAAGACUUGCACCUUGAUCGACCGUGAUGCGAACAAGACCGGAGACCUUUACAUCCGAAGUGUAUGCUUCAGUCCAGACGGCAAAUACCUCGCCACCGGUGCCGAGGAUAAACAAAUCCGCAUCUGGGACAUCAAAACCCAGCGCAUCCGCAACAUCUUCGACGGCCAUCAACAAGAAAUCUACUCCCUCGACUUCUCCCGUGACGGCCGCCUCAUCGUCUCCGGCUCCGGCGACAAAACCGCCCGUAUCUGGGAUAUGCAAGACGGUUCGUCCAAAACGCUCACCAUCCACGAACCCGAAGCGCCCGACUCCGGCGUCACCUCCGUCGCCAUCUCACCGGACGGCCGACUCGUCGCUGCCGGUUCGCUCGACACGAUCGUUAGGAUCUGGGACGUGCAGACGGGGCAGUUGGUGGAGCGGUUGAAGGGGCAUAAGGAUAGUGUGUAUAGUGUGGCGUUCACGCCGGACGGGAAGGGACUGGUCAGUGGCAGUUUGGAUAAGACGUUGAAGUAUUGGGAUGUGAGGCCGAUGUUGGCGAUGGCGGGGAAGAUGGUGCCGGGGCCUGGGUCGACGCCGAAUGGGAAGAAGGAGGGCGGUGAGAAGUCGAAUUGUAUGAUGAACUUUACGGGACAUAAGGACUAUGUGCUUUCGGUGGCUGUAUCACACGACGGUCAGUGGGUCGUAUCAGGAUCGAAGGAUCGCGGAGUCCAGUUUUGGGAUGCGAGGAGCGCUAUCGUGCAAUUGAUGUUGCAAGGCCACAAAAACUCUGUCAUCUCCAUUGAUCUCAGCCCGGCAGGAAGCGUUCUCGCGACCGGCAGCGGAGACUGGCAAGCCCGAAUAUGGAGUUACAACACGGUCUGAUCUUCUCGGUUUUCUUCGUCCAUCGAACAAUGUAUAUCAUGGUUUUCUCCUUGCUUCCGAGCCCUCUUGCUUCCUCCGAAAAUUCGGCCUGCUCUUUCUUGUCCUUCGUUUCUUUGUUUUUUUUUUCUGAGUUGCGCUUUCUCUUCUUCUUUCUGGGGUUCGUGUGAUAUUGCCUGAAAACGCACGAUGCCAUUCUCAGCCCCGCCGUUUCUCUCUUCCUUUCAUUUUUUGGCCUUCGCCUCAUCGUGCUCACGGGUUCCUUUGCGACCUCCUCCGUCCGAAUCGAAGCUCCGUAUUUAUAUGCAAGUUGCUCAUGCCCAUGCCCAUGCGCCUGCGUAUGAGUAUAUGUACUACCCUCCCGCCAACUCUAACUCCCUCCCCCUCGCGUCCGUACCUUCCGAGAUACGUGCUUACGAUACAUACGUUUGUUCUUUCGUUUCUUUUCCUCUCUCGAGUCUCCG